CCUUCAGCUCAGCUCGCUCGACUCCGAGACGUACGGGGGGCUAUGUUGAUUCGGGUUAUUUUCCGAUCUCAUUGGUUUAGGUAAAAUUAAAACCUCGGAGAUCGGUUUAGGAAAAGAAAGGAGGCCUGGCAUUUGUUUGGAAUAUUGGCCGCUUCGCACGGUCCAAAAACGGGGUAUUUGCGCUCGUGGAGAGGCAGGGAGCCGGGGGGGCCUCUAUUGGCGGGGGCUGCACGGAGGGACAGGCGGGGACAGAGGAACAGAGUCGGGCUGGAUGCGCUGGUCUCGGCCCGGUGCGCUGCUGUUCCAACCAACCACCAUACCAGUACCAGACCCCAAGACAGACAGACUAGACCCGGCCGUCGCUGUUUCCACCCUGGACUAUAACAGCAUCAUUUUUUGUUGUCGUAACAGUUCUAUUACGGCAGAGGAGGGCAGAUGAGCUCGCUGCUAGUCUAGACUGCUGCUGUCAAGCUAUUCGGGUCUGUGCCGACACAGGAUUUUCGGAGAACGAACUGAGACUCAGACUUACUGCUGGCCUCAGUUUGUACCGGAUCGGGGAGAGUCCAGGGCGGGUAGUGGAGCUCAGAUCGCCCGCUAACGGCCUGCCAUUAUGGGCAACGUGCCCACGGCCAAGAAGGGGAGCGAGAUGGAGAGUGUGAAGGAAUUCCUCGCUAAAGCAAAAGAGGACUUUCUCAAGAAGUGGGAGAACCCUGCACAGAACACAGCCAGUCUGGACCAGUUUGAGCGGUUGAAAACUCUGGGUACGGGUUCUUUUGGCCGCGUCAUGCUGGUCAAGCACAAAGAGACCGGGCAGCACUUUGCCAUGAAGAUCCUCAACAAGCAGAAGGUGGUCAAGCUGAAACAGAUAGAACACACUCUGAAUGAGAAGCGUAUUCUAACAGCUGUUAGCUUCCCUUUCCUGGUACAAGUAGAGUACUCCUUCAAGGACAACACUAACCUAUACAUGGUGAUGGAGUAUGUUCCUGGUGGAGAAAUGUUCUCCCAUCUACGACGAAUUGGCAGGUUCAGUGAGCCUCAUGCUCGGUUCUACGCGGCUCAGAUCGUCCUGACCUUCGAGUACCUGCAUGCCCUGGACCUCAUCUACAGAGACCUGAAACCUGAAAACCUGCUCAUCGACCAGCAAGGCUACAUACAGGUGACCGAUUUUGGUUUCGCCAAGCGCGUGAAGGGCCGGACCUGGACUCUGUGUGGAACCCCGGAGUACCUGGCGCCGGAGAUCAUCCUGAGCAAGGGCUAUAACAAAGCGGUAGACUGGUGGGCGUUGGGGGUGUUGAUCUACGAGAUGGCGGCCGGUUAUCCUCCCUUCUUUGCAGACCAGCCCAUCCAGAUCUACGAGAAGAUCGUCUCCGGGAAGGUUCGAUUCCCGUCCCACUUCAGCUCUGAUCUGAAGGAUCUGCUGAGGAACCUGCUGCAGGUGGACCUGACCAAGCGCUAUGGCAACCUGAAGAAUGGCGUCAACGACAUUAAGGGACACAAGUGGUUCGCCACCACUGAUUGGAUCGCCGUCUACCAGAGAAAAGUGGAGGCCCCCUUUGUCCCUAAGUUCAAAGGCCCAGGGGAUACCAGCAACUUUGACGAAUAUGAAGAAGAAGAGAUCCGAGUCUCCAUCAGCGAGAAGUGUGCCAAGGAGUUUGCUGAGUUCUAGACCCAGCCAGCGAGGGAGGGAGGGAGGUAGAGGGAGGGAUGGGGGGGGAGGAGAAGGUAGGGAGCGAUGCCGAAGUAAG